AAUAAUAAAACCUCUCAAAUAGCCGCUUAAAAUCCCCCUCUUUCUUCUUCAACCUCCUCCAUUUUUCAGUCUCUCAAAUGGCGUAACAACUCAAACCCCAAAAACAGUAAAAAAUAAAAUUAAAAAAAAAGUCCUAAACCCAAAAAUCUACCUCUCUCGCUAAUUUGCGCCGAUGGAGAACUACACCUACACAUCUUACCCUGAAUCAGGCGAUUCUUCUCCCCGUUCCCGUGAAAUCGAUUUCGAAAACACUGCAGCAUGGGAAGAUCCGAAUCAAAUCCCUAAUUACAAGGUCAAAUUCAUGUGUAGUUAUGGUGGUAAAAUUCACCCUAGACCUCAUGAUAAUCAGCUUGCUUACAUCGGCGGUGAAACCAAAAUCCUUUCCGUUGAUCGGAAUACUAAGUUUCCUCAGCUCAUUUCUAAGCUUGCUGCUAUUUGUGAUACUGAUACUGUUUCCUUUAAGUAUCAGCUUCCAGGUGAGGAGCUUGAUGCCUUGAUUUCUGUUACUAAUGAAGAUGAUCUUGACCAUAUGAUGCAUGAGUAUGAUCGGAUGUACAGAGCUUCACCUAAACCAGCUAGGUUAAGGUUGUUUCUAUUUACGGCGAAUCCACCGGCGACUGUCGGAAGUGGAGUGUCGCAGAGUCGGAGUUUUGGUUCAGAGGAUUCCAAAUCGGAGAAGGAUAGGUUUGUGGAUGCGUUGAAUUCAGGCCCGAUUCCGGUGGCCGGAGCUGUUGCAUCGCCGACUGGAAACGCAGAUUUUCUUGGGAUGGUACCGCCACAUAUGAAAUUGAGAGAUCCGAAUACUGAGCAAGUUGUUAAGGAACCGGAGAUUCUUCCGGUUCAUCAUGGUGUGGUGGAUGAUCCGAUCCAGAAACACAUUCAGGAUCUGCAGAGGUUACAUCUAGAAGAGCAACAAAAUAUGUAUCGUCGGAAAAGCGACGAUAAUCUGCAAGCAGCUUUCACCACCUCCGGUGGUGACUAUUAUGUUCAGAAGGUACCGGAGAAAAUAGCUCCUCAACCCGUUCAAGCAACAGCACCUCCUGUAGGCUAUUGGCAGGAAAAACAAGUCCCCGGAGGAGGAGUACACGCCACGGAACAACCAGUUUACAUGAUUCAAACACCUGCAGGAGCAUAUCAUCCACACCAGCACCAGCACCCACAGCAGCACCAGCACCAGCACCCUCAAUUUGUUAGGCCAAUGGGUGGCCCACCGGGUCAAGGAUACUACGCGGUUCAAAGGAUGCCACACCCACAAGAUCAAUACAGGGAUCAGCCAGUAUACAAUGUGAUGCCGAGUUUACCACAAGCAGUGCCUACAGUUGCAGCAGCAGCACCAACUUUGCAACAAUCUCAGGGACCACCACAGAAGGUGGGUGGGUAUACGGAAGGAUAUGGUAUGGUCAGACCCACAACUACCAUGGAUGCUGGUGGAUACACACAGAUGGCGUACGAUAGGCAGAUGUAUUAUCCUCCACAAGGUGGUGUUAUGGCGCCGCCGCCACAGCAACCGCAGUACCACGCAAUGCCGCCGCAAGCUGUGGUUAGCUCCGGAGACAUGAGAACUCAAGAAGCUGCGAAGGUCGUUCCUGUCAAGCCUAAUACGCAAACAUCAGUGUGAUCAAUUCUUGACGCUGUUUAAUUUAAGGUAUAUGAAUAUCUUGAACUUUCAUAUAAAAGUUACUAGCGAAGUAAUAAAAUAAAAGUACUAGGGCAUGAGUUUACCGUAUUACUACCUCUUAAUUAUUCUGUUCAGUCUUGAGAAGAUUAUGUGCCAUGUUGUGUACAUUUUGAUGAGUGGAGAAUGAGUUUCUUUA